AUGAGAAAACACAGCAUGAAGGUAAAUUCUGAAAAAUGCACAUUCGGUGUCACAUCCGGGAAGUUCCUUGGGUAUCUAGUAACAAAAAGGGGCAUCGAGGUCGACCCGGCCAAGAUCCAAGCCAUCGUGGAAAUGCCUUCCCCGAAGAACUUGAAAGAAGUACAAAAGCUUAACGGAUCACUGGCAGCAUUGGGAAGAUUCAUCUCUAGAUCAUCGGACAAAUGCAAGCACUUCUUCAAUAUCCUCAAAAAGGGAAAUAAAUUUGCAUGGACCACUGAAUGUGAAGAAGCUUUUCAUAAAAUCAAGGAUUACUUGGAUACAAUCCCGAUCCUCCCAAAACCAGAUCCCGAUGAAGUGUUAGCUCUCUACAUAGCAGCAACCGAAGACGCAGUCAGCCAGUUCUGGUUAAAACCAACACGAAGAGAUGUGGAUUCAGAUGUACGUUUGACAAGAGAAUCACAGCUUGUCAUUCUCCAAAUAGGCUUUCAAUAUAAUGUGUACGAUGAGACCCUCUCUUCGUAUAUGGCCUUGGUUCAUACCCUAGCAGCACAAGCGCCCAAUAUCAAGUUUAGACAUCUGUGCAGAAAAGACCUGAGGCAUGAUGACGCUUUAGCAUACAUAUUAUCUAUGGUGAAGGAUGAAAAUGUCAAAUCCAUCAAGAUAACCAGAGUAUACGAACCGUCGAUUCUUCCGCAACAAUCCUUCGCUACAAAUUGUGAAGACGAUGUAGAGGAGGAUAUAGACGAUGAUGCAGGGGAAGACAUAGCCGGUGACUUCGUGGAAGAUAAUAUCGUGGCAAGGUCAAAGGAAGAUGAAAACUUCAAUAAUGAAGAAGAUUGA